AUGGGGCGGCUCGAAACUUCAGAAAUGAUUUCGAUCAAAAAUGCACACGCAUCCCUAGGGCAUUUGCCGAGAUCGAAGGUUUCAAGGAGCGGAAAGUAUCCUUUUGCUGAUAACAUCUCUUCUACUGGAUUUUUUGUUCACGAACAAACCAUAGCAGAAAUGGAAGAAGACUGUGCGAGUUUGGAAGCUGCAAUCGAGCAUCAUCGUAAAGUAGUGAAGCAUAUAAUUUCCGAAUGCUUCCCUUUGUUUGAAAAGAAGAUAAAACAAAGCGAUGAAGAUGUACAAAUGUGGAAAGAGCGUGCUUUGAAAGCGGAAGGCCGGGUAACGUUACUCGAGCGGCAGUUGGAGGAAAGAAACAAUCAGGCAUGCCAGUUGAAAAGUUCGUAUGAGGGACAGUAUCUGAUAAUGAUGAAAACCGGCGCUGUUCUCGGCGAGGUUGUAUGGAAAUCGUUUAAAAGCCACGCGAAUGUAAAAAUGCUCGUUCAGGCUGAGGAAACGAUGGACAAGUAUUGUGCUCUUUCGAAAGGUGUCAUCGAUUCGUUUCUGCAGGCCUACAGGAUUGAGAUGCCACCGCCACAUUCCUUGGAGCACGUUUUCGUCAUAUCCGUGCUGGGUGCGUUGACCAACUUUGCUGCAUUCACAGAAGGUAGAAUGUUCCUGGCGAAAGAGGAUAACGGGUUACAGCUGCUCAAGAAAUUGCUCAUCGAACAAGAGCAUUGGAAUGUACCGCAAGGCCGGUACAUGAAGCGAAUGGUUUUAACGUUUGCCUACAACAUGACACUAGUGGACAAUGUCGCCUAUUUUGUACUAAGUGAAGAGAAGCUGCUGAACGCUGUACUGAAGUGUCUCGGUAUAAACGACCCUACAGAUGUGGUUGGUGCUGCUGUGGCGAUAAUUUAUCGCUUGGUCUCAGUAUCUUUGGAAGCCGGAAUACCAUCAGCGUUACCGGAAAAGAUUCCUUGGGCACUGAUAAAAUCUAUGACGACAUCACCCGACCCUCAACUUGGAGAAAUUUCAAACAGCCUUUUGGGCCUUAUGGAAACAACUGUAUCGUUUUCUUAA